AUGGCGUACCACUCGCAGUUCGCGAGUGCGACCUUCGUGCCAGGCGGUAUGGACGACUACUACAUGCCCAACAGUCCGGUCUCAGUCGUCGCACCUGCCCCUCAACGACACAUGCCCGAGAUGAGCGACCAGAUCCAAGAAGGAAUCGCAAACAUGCAGCUAUCCGACACGGCACAACACGAAGCUGCCGCCUUCCCUCAGGUCCCCUACCGUGGUCGCCAUAUCCCACAGACUGAUGGCGAGUUCGAGGCUGUUCUGGAAGCUGCAAGGGUCACAGUCUUGAACUCCAACGACCCGGAUAUGCAGCUGGCUUGGGCUCAGGAUGCUCUGCAAUACGUCACGAUAUGCUUGGAGAACGAGGAGCGACUACAACAGACGCAACCCCCACGCCCACAACAACCACAAGUCGAACACCAAAUCAUGGUUGAUGCCAUUAACAUCGUCACCUUCCUUGCCGACCAACAUCAUCCCAAAGCAGAGUUCAUGCGCGGCAUGUGGAACGAGUUUGGUCGCUUUGGCUGUCCUCACGACAAGCGCGAAGCCUUCCGUUGUUAUGCCAGAGCCGCCGAUCGAGGUUACGCCCGCGCUUGUUACCGCCUCGGCAUGUUGUACGAGAAUGCCAACGAUGAAGAAAGAGCUUUGGACAAUUAUAGACGCGGUGUCGGUGCUCAAGACAGCGCAUCUCUGUACCGUCUGGGUAUGAUUACUCUACGAGGACAAUAUGGCCAACCUAAGGAUUUUGCUACUGGCCUCGACCUGAUCAGACGAUCCGCCGACUCGAUAGAUGAGAAUGCACCACAGGGAGCCUAUGUCUAUGGUAUGCUGCUUGCCCGCCAACUACCCCAGAUCAAGCUUCCCGAAGGUGUUAUGCCGUACGACGAGCAAGAGGCCAGACGAUACAUUGAGAACUCGGCUUUCUGCAGAUUCUCAAAGGCUCAGCUCAAGAUGGCAUCUUCUUACGAACUGGCUUCUCUUGGCUGUGAAUUCGACCCCGCUCUUUCCCUUCAUUACAAUCGUCUGGCUGCGAAGCAGGGCGAGCCUGAAGCCGACAUGGCUAUCAGCAAGUGGUUCCUUGUCGGUCAUGAAGGUCUGUUCCCCAAGCACGAGGAGCUGUCGUAUAUCUAUGCAAACAGAGCUGCCCACGCUGGUCUGUCAACCGCUGAAUUCGCCAUGGGUUACUUCAACGAGCUGGGCAUCCAUGCGCCAAAGAAUGUCGAUCUGGCUUUACAAUGGUACAACAAGGCUGCUUCGAACGGAAACAAGGAUGCUCAAGGUCGAAUCGAUAGUAUCGCUCACCGACACAUUCUGUCCAAGAAGGACCACGAAAAUGUCACCUUGAACCGCAUCAAGUCGACACACGGUUCCAUGCGUGGCCAGCGUCCCACGAGAUCUUCAGCCCAGGUCCCUCGUAUCGAAGCCAUCUCUGAAGGCUCUGUUUCUCCUCACCCUAGACGUCUAUCGUCUCUUGGUCCUCCUCCUUCCAGCACGCCAGCACCGUAUCCUCUCGACGAUCGACCUCCAAGCGUGGCUCCUCCGAGAUCAUCUUCUACGGCGCCUUACCCUCUAGACGACGUGACUCCACGACCAACACCCACACCCGGACCCAUGGGCGGAUUCCUAGACACCCGCCCUGCAACCACCACACCAAUGGGCAAUCGCCAACGCGCCCAAUCCGCUCUGCCUCGUCCCGACUCCGCCGCCUCAGCACCCCAAGGCAUGCGCCCUAUGCCUGCCAGCACACGACCAUCAGGCCAACGCGUAGCCUCAGGACCCGUCAGCGGUCCUCGCCCACCACCAGGAAGUUCGCCUCGCGUGAGCGCAACUUCUCAACUGCCGCCUGUAAACUCUCGCUUGGAUAUCGGAUACACUGCUCCCCCUGACACACGACCACCUCCCAGUGUAGUCUACUCGUCACCACAGAACCCCGUGUCAGGCAGGCACUCAGCGAGACCGCAGACCUCGAACAGUAAUCCCAAUCUUGGACGGCCCCCGCCGAGAGUUGAUUCUGCGACGCCGAGUAGACCUGCUCCUGGACUUUCUGCGGAUAGCAGCGGUAGUGUGGCAGGAACGCCUUCGGCUGCUGCGACUCCUUCAUCUGCGGCGAGUACGCCUAAACCCGCCACUCCUUCUGCCAAGCCUGCGAAAGCUGGACCAAAGACUUUUGAGGAAAUGGGGGUGCCUAAGCAUAAGCAGGAGCAGGAGUGCGUGGUGAUGUGA